AUGUCAAACUUAGAAGAAAUUAACAAGAAGGUCCAGGAGCUAGAAGGACUCAUAGAGAAGCAGUCGAAAGUGAUCGCCACUACCGGCCAAAAAUUAUUGGAAAUCCAGGUCAAGGAUGUCAAAUCUCGCAUGGCAGAAAUUGAUUCGGGGUCCAAUAAAUCUCAUGGAUUUGAUGCAGCCGAUUACAUUGGAAAUGAUGAUAUUGUACAAUUGGUGACUGAAUUGCAAUCACAAUUGGAUAACUUGGAGGACAGGGCUACUCGUCGUACUUACAAUUCGACUUUGACAGAGGAUGAAAAAAAAAUAGCCCCUUUGAGCAACAAAGAUGGCGACGAACCACAAUUUGCACUCCCAUCGACGUUGAGAGAAUUUAAGGAUAUGGCAAAAGCCAAAAUACUUGAGUUAGGAGUGUUUUAUGAGAUAAUUUUACCAAAUGAAGAAGAGAUAAAUGAGGUUUUGGAGAAGGAUUCUGGUAACAGCAAAAACGAUAUAAUAGAUCUUGCAAAGAACAAAGACAUUUCAAAAUUAGAAGACCAGUUUAGUGAUGAACAAGUGGACGAAGUAUUCGAUGAAUUGGCUAGAUAUUUUGGAAUCAGGUAUAGAAGAGUCAGUGUUGGCUGGUGA